CCCUCCCCUGUGCCACCACUCCUCUAUUGUGGAAUAUUAUAGCCCUGUGCUUGCUCCCAUAUCACACCACCUGUCCCCUUUCUCUCUCUCUCUCUCUCUCUGUGCAAAAAAGAGAGAAAGAACCACCUACAAACAAACAAACAAACAGGAGGGAGGGGAAGCAGAGCAAGGAGGAAGAACAAGUGAGAUGUCUUCCCCAAGCAAGCGCAGGGAGAUGGAUCUGAUGAAGCUGAUGAUGAGCGAUUACAAGGUGGACAUGAUCAACGACGGGAUGCACGAGUUCUUCGUCCACUUCCACGGCCCCAAAGACAGUAUUUACCAGGGUGGUGUGUGGAAGGUCAGGGUUGAACUCACAGAAGCUUACCCCUAUAAAUCCCCUUCCAUUGGCUUCACCAAUAAGAUUUAUCACCCCAAUGUCGAUGAAAUGUCCGGUUCCGUCUGCUUGGAUGUGAUCAACCAGACCUGGAGCCCAAUGUUCGAUCUUGUGAAUAUCUUUGAGGUGUUCCUGCCCCAGCUUCUCCUCUACCCGAACCCCUCGGACCCCUUGAACGGCGAGGCGGCUUCGCUCAUGAUGCGCGACAAGAAUGCCUAUGAAAACAAAGUCAAAGAAUAUUGUGAGAGAUAUGCCAAGCCUGAAGACAUAUCCCCAGAGGAGGAGGAGGAGGAGGAGGAGGAGAGCGAUGAGGAGCUGAGCGACGCCGAGGGCUACGACUCCGGCGACGAGGCCAUCAUGGGCCACGCAGACCCUUAACUGGUGGGUGGAUGGUUAGUAAUGCAGGAUGAUCAUGAUGUAUCUCUCUGUCAGUCAGUCAGUCUGUCUGUCUGUACAUAGCUGCGGCGCUCACUGAUGAAUGCCGCCAUGGCAGAUGCUGAAGAAAGUCAUCAGCCAUCUCAACUCAGCUCCACUAGUUCUUGUGUGUCCGUCGUCGUUGUUGUUGUCGUCGUCGCUGUGAAUAACUUGCCAUUUGUUUGUGUUGGUUCCAUUGUAGGACAUGUCUCUUCUUCUGUUCUGUUGAUUUCAUUUCCAGUUCA